AUGUCCGCCGUUUCCACGUCAGCCAUGAAUUCCCAGGGACAGGGGAGCCGCCAGCCAGCUCGUCAAACGCGAACCAAUCCUUCUCGGACUUCCAAAACCAUCGGGCGGUCGUCUUUCGCGUUCGGCCGAGGCUCAACAACUGAGAUUCCUGAAUCAUCCCCUGUCCCCCACGGCUUCUACCCUGCUCUGACGCAUUUCACCGACGCUAUCACCGCCCUUCCUCGCGAGUUCCGUCGCCACAACUCACUGCUCAAGGAGGUUGAUGCGAAAGCAUGGGCCCUCGAGGAAAAUUUACUCCAAUUACUCCAGCUCUCCUCCGAGUCUCAGCCUGUUCCUCACCCUCCCCACCCUGCCCCUAUCGCCGCUGGUGUGGUUCGUGAGGAUGUUCUGCCCAAGGAGCUUUCGCAGUCCCCGGAAACUGCCGAUAGCAAAAGUCGCCGGCUCCUUUUUGAUCGCGUACGACAGAGUCUCUCAGACUUGAUGAUGACUGCCGACGAGAAGAACCACGUUAUCUCCAACGCAAAUGAGGAAUUGGACCGUCAAGUCAUUCGUCUCGAUACGGUGUUCCCAUACAUUGCGGGCGAAAUAAGUGAGGAAGCUCGUCUGGGCAGUCUGACACACUGGGCGUACUCCAAUAAGAGCGCUGCGAAGGCGGCGACGAAUGAGCGCCCACGCCGGGAGGUAGUGUCGCACAGACAGGAUCUGUCGCAUGUGCUUCAGGAAGCUGAAGCUGCUAGCCGCAGUGAGGCCAGGCGCGAUGCUGUCAUGGCACGAAAGCAACGACGCGCGCAUGUCGAUGCGGACUACGAGGAGACCCGGGGCGCAGGUGCACGGAAAGCCAACAGUGGUAAAUCGCGCGGCGGUGAUCAUGCAGAUCCGAACGCUGCACCCAAGCGUCGCAAGGUGGAGCGACCGACACUGCCAGGAGAUGCCAGUGUUCCAAUGGAACGAUCUGCCAGCGGCGCUACUAGCCAACGGGCCGCGAACAAAGACACCGCGGAGAAGAAGCGCACUCGCGCUCCGAACCCGACUGCCGCUGCGCGCAAGAAAGCCAAUGCCUCCAACGCCGGAUCUCCUGUUCUGGCUCCAUCUCCGCUUGUCGGUACAUUCAAUGCCCCCCGUGGCGCCGCCAGUCCAGGACCCAACAACUCAAGGCCACAAUCUUCCCGGGCCCAUCAAAACUCCGUGGCAGCAAGCAACGCACGCGCGCGGCCAUCCUCAUCGGCCUCGAAUCGUCCUAACAGCAGUAUGCAAUCUCACACAUCUUCUCCGGACCUUUUCAUUAACUAUAUACCCCGCACAGACAAACUCCACGACCCCAGAUCUGCACCACGGGAUGGACCCGUUAAAAGUGAGAUUGGAAACCAGGACGCACAUCGCGAAUACGAGGACUUCCAUUCUAGAACCUCUGUGCCCGCAGGCUCUAGACGUGAGGACUUGGACCGGAAAGCUAGUUCAGCCGAGGCCGAGAACAGCAAGGGCCGCAACUCCAAGACAUCGACACCGGUGCUCUCGGCCUUUGCAGAAACUGUCCCACGCGCGCGACCCACGCGCAGCCAAGAUCCGGCUACCAAGCGCACCCAGAAGAAACCAAUUCCCCAGCCUACGAUACCCUCCGACGAUGAGUCACUUCACGAAGGCGACGACGAAGACGAGGAGGGCGAGCCGCGGUAUUGUUACUGUAACGAGAUCAGCUUCGGUGAGAUGGUUGCUUGCGAUAAUGAUGCCUGUCCGCGCGAAUGGUUCCAUCUGUCGUGCGUUGGCUUGACAAAGCCACCGGGCAAGAACGUCAAAUGGUAUUGCAACGAGUGCAAGGAGAAUAUGCGCAGGAGCCGCAAUGGACGGUGA